CGAACAUGGCGGUGGCCCGGUGUCUAUGCUGGGGCCUGAGACGAGCCGGGACCUGGCUGCUCCCGCCGCCCGUGUGCUGCCCCCAGCGGGUUCUGCACAAGCAGGCCGACGGCACAGAGUUCCAGAGUAUCUACAGCCUGGACAAGCUCUACCCCGAAUCCCGGGGCUCGGACACCGCCUGGAGGGUCCCGGAUGAUGCAAAGCAAGCCAAUAAUGACAUUCCUCUAGAUCGUUUGACGAUAUCUUAUUGUCGGAGUAGCGGUCCUGGGGGCCAGAAUGUUAACAAAGUGAAUUCCAAGGCUGAAGUCAGGUUCCAUUUGGCAACCGCCGAGUGGAUUCCCAAGCCUGCGCGGCAGAAGAUGGCCAUCACGCAUAAAAAUAAGAUCAACAAGUCAGGAGAGUUGAUACUCACCUCUGAAUGCAGCCGCUAUCAGUUCCGAAAUCUGGCAGAUUGUCUUCAGAAAAUUCGAGACAUGAUUGCUGAGGCCAGCCAGCCAGCUAAGGAGCCAUCCAAAGAAGAUGCUGUACUACACAGGAUAAGGAUAGAAAACAUGAAUCGGGAAAGGCUGAGAAAAAAGAGGAUACAUUCUGUCAUAAAGACAGGCAGGAGGGUAGAUAUGGACUGAAAUCCUCCUCCAGAGCUGACACAGACCCUCUUCAGGACAUCCAGGCAGCCGCGAGCUCUAACACCAUCAGGAGACCCCUUGUUGUUU